UCCGUUCAUUUGUUUACUCUUCAUUCACUCAUCACACCUUUGCCUUGGGGCAGGUCCCCGCAUUCUCCUCCCUGUGGAGGGGGAGGAGGGCGGAGAAGAAAAGAUAAAAGUACCUGCCAGGUCAAGUAGGAGUGGGAGUGAAAUUAGCAUUUAAAUAGCAUUUGUUGAGCUCUUAGAUCUACUGCAUUAUCUCAUCCAAUUUUCACAACCCAUUUUACUGACCACUAGCUAAGGCUAAGAACAGCCCAACUUACUGUGCCUUACCUGUAAGUUUUGGGGAGACUUUGAGGACGUGAAGGUUGACCUCCAGAAUAGUCAUCCUCUGUAAGGCACCCCCGCCCCCCAAUACACCUGCCUGUCAUUCCCUCCCCAUAGCCAAACCAUCAACAGGUCCAAUUGGUUGUCUCCAAAAGAAAGCCUGAAUUCAGCUGCUGCUCUCUCCAUCUCCUGGCUAAAAUCCCAGAGGGUCACAUCUUUCAAGUGAUCUGUUGGAAAUGUAAAAUUAUUCAUAAUAAAACAAACAGUUUCCAAAUAUGCUUUAGCCUAGAAUGCCAGCUCGUCCCUCGUGUGGCCUUCACACCCUUGCACGCAGCAGUCCCUACCUGGAAGCUUCGGGUCUCCGCCCGGGACCCUUCCUCUGAAAGGCCUUCUCCUGCCCGUCACUCUAUUUAUAGCUUCUGUAUUACCGAACAUUAUCCUCUGUAUUCUUUCCUUGUUUAUUUCUGCCUGCAUCUCCAAAAUGUAACCUGAGUGAGGGCAGGGACUGUAUUCUUCUUGUUAACAGAGGAGUUCCAGCGCUUAGAACAGGGGGCUUGAUGGGUAAGAGAGAGAGAAAGCUCGUAAUUUUAAAUCAUUUACCCACACAGCAACUCCCUGUGGGGAUCCCAAAUGAAUCCCCAGGAAGAGGUGCACCGAGUCACAGCUCCCAAACCACAGGGUGAUCCUCAAAGGUUACAGAGCAAAUUCUAAACUCCAAACACGGGAGGACAGUACUUGCAACUCGCCCAGGGGGCCAGCAGGUGGCGCGCGGAGGCCACCCACCGCCUGGCUUUGCAGCGCUGCCUGCACUUCCCAGCUCCCCGGUCGAAAUCCACCCGGAAGUACUGCUGCGGACCCGCACGUGGCGUUAAACUAAAAAUGGAAACUUGAAAACACCGAGGAGGAAUGCUGCUGUGGAUCACUUGGCCAGAGAGCAUAUUUUUGCAUCGGGGACAGAGCCUGGGCCGUGUCUCUCUCUCUGCCCCACCACUGACUCCCAGGUCUUUGCUCUGUGGACACAGGAUGGACAGGUUCCUGGUGAAGAGGGCCCUAGGGGGCCUUGUGGGAAAGAGGGAGCAGGAGCAGACAGGAGCCGGCCCAGCUGAGUUGGGAGAAGACGAGGAAAGCACCAGGAAGAGGCCCAGGAGAGAAACGCCGGGGAAUGGUGCUGACGUGGCCGGCCUCAGCUGGCAACGCAUUCGAUCCGAGGGCCUGGACUGCGAUUACACAGUCCUGUUUGGCAAAGCCGAAGCGGACGAGAUUUUCCGAGAGUUGGAGCAAGAAGUGGAAUAUUUUACAGGUGCGCUGGCCAAGGUGCAGGUGUUUGGGAAGUGGCACAGCGUGCCAAGGAAGCAGGCGACGUACGGCGACGCUGGGCUGACCUACACGUUUUCAGGCCUCACUCUGUCUCCAAAACCCUGGAUCCCCGUUCUAGAGCGAGUCCGGGAUCGUGUUUCUUUGGUGACUGGGCAGACCUUCAACUUUGUGCUCGUGAACAGGUAUAAAGACGGCUGCGACCACAUCGGGGAACACCGAGAUGACGAAAGAGAACUGGCUCCCGGGAGCCCCAUCGCCUCCGUCUCCUUUGGGGCCUGCAGAGACUUCUUCUUCCGGCACAGAGAUGCUCGAGGGAGGAGCCCCUCCCGGAGGCUGGAGGGGGUCAGGCUGCCACUGGCCCACGGGAGUCUACUGAUGAUGAACCCCCCGACCAACUCUCACUGGUAUCACAGCCUCCCCGUCCGCAAGAAGGUUCUGGCUCCGCGCGUCAAUCUGACCUUUCGUAGAAUUCUGCCUACUAGAAAGUAAAAACAUUUUCCGGUUAGCA